AUGGGACAGACUGUCACAACCCCCCUUAGCCUUACUUUACAGCACUGGAAGGAUGUUCAAGUGACAGCCAGCAAUCUUUCGGUGGAAGUCUGGAAGAGAAAAUGGACAACCUUCUGUUCAUCAGAAUGGCCCACCUUUAAUGUUAAUUGGCCACGGGAAGGAACCUUUAACUUGACUAUUGUUUUACAGGUCAAGGCCAAAAUAAUGGACCCGGGACCACAUGGACACCCAGACCAGGUCCCUUAUAUUGUUACCUGGGAGGCUCUUGUUUUAGACCCUCCCCCUUGGAUUAAGCCCUUUUUAUUCGCCCUAAACCUCAAAGUCCCUACCCCCUUAACCAUCCCAUCUGCCCCCCAGCUUUCUCUCCCACUCCUUCCUUCCCCAACUCCCCAUCCCCCUCCAAAUACUUCACUUUACCCAGCCCUUGUUCCUUUAGAAAAUAAAAAGCAGGCUCCAGAAAAGGACAGGCCUACUGCCCCGAAGGUUUUACCACCGGGGGAAGACGUCCUGCUGGACUUACUGACCGAGGAUCCGCCACCCUAUCAAGGGGCCGCUCCCCAACCUUCGGGAGCGGAAGCUGCCGCUCCUCAACCACCUGCCGACCCCGCACCAUCCCCAAUCGCUGGCCGGCUUCGAGAACGCCGGGAACAGGCCACAGACUCUGCCACCACCUCUCGAGCCUUCCCCUUGCGCGCGGGGUUGGGUGGGCAGUUACAGUAUUGGCCUUUCUCAGCCUCCGACUUAUAUAACUGGAAAAAUAACAAUCCUCCCUUUAGCCAAGAUCCCUCCAAAUUAACUUCUUUAAUUGAAUCUAUUUUGGUAACUCAUCAACCUACUUGGGAUGAUUGCCAACAGCUAUUACAGGUACUACUGACUACUGAGGAAAGACAACGCGUUUUCCUCGAAGCAAGGAAAAACGUCCCCGGAGAGAAUGGGCGUCCCACUCAACUACCCAAUGUGAUAAACGCUGCUUUUCCUUUGGAACAGCCGAACUGGGAUUUUGACACCCCUAAGUCAGCUCCAGAUAUCAGAAAGAAAUUAGAAAGGCAGGAAAAUCUCCAGACAAUGUCCCUACACGACUUGCUCAAGGAAGCCGAACGCAUUUAUAAUAAAAGAGAGACUCCAGAAGAGAAGGAGGAAAGGCUCAGAAAGGAAGCAGAAGAGAGGGAGAGUGCACGCGAUCGUAAAAGAACUAAAGAAAUGAGUAAGUUACUGGCCACCAUAGUAACAGGGCAGAGACAGGAUAGACAGAAGGGAGACAGGCAGGGUACCCAAGUGGAGAAGGAUCAGUGUGUAUACUGUAAAGAAAAAGGGCAUUGGGUGAGAGACUGUCCAAAAAGACCCCGGGGACCUCGAAGACCAAGACCCCAAACAUCCCUGUUAACUCUGGAUGAUUAGGGGGGUCCAGGCCAGGAGCCCCCCCCUGAGCCUAGGAUAACUCUGGAAGUUGGGGGGCAACCCGUCACCUUCCUGGUGGACACGGGGGCCCAACACUCGGUGCUGACCACAACCCCCGGACCCCUGAGUGACCGAUCAGCCUGGGUCCAAGGAGCCACUGGAGGAAGGCGGUACCGAUGGACCACCGACUGUAAAGUACAGCUGGCUACCGGUAAGGUGACGCACACUUUCUUGCAUGUUCCCGACUGCCCCUAUCCCCUGCUGGGAAGAGACUUGCUUACUAAAUUAAGGGCGCAAAUUCAUUUCGAGGAAACGGGGGCACGCAUUACCGGACCCAAGGGACAGCCAUUGCACGUACUGACUCUUGGGAUAGAGGACGAGUACAGGUUGUAUGAACAAGAAAAGAGCAAAGAAGACCCGUGUAUACAUUCCUGGGUACAAAAAUUCCCGCAAGCUUGGGCUGAGACGGGAGGCAUGGGCUUGGCCGUCCACCAGUCCCCUCUAGUAAUUCUGCUAAAAGCCACUGCCUUACCUAUAUCCAUCAAGCAAUACCCGUUGUCCCAGGAAGCCCGCCAGGGAAUUCGCCCUCACAUAAAGAGACUGCUGGACCAAGGAAUACUAACCCCCUGCCAGUCUCCUUGGAAUACCCCACUACUCCCAGUCAAAAAGCCGGGAACCCAGGACUAUAGACCAGUGCAGGACUUGAGAGAAGUCAAUAAGCGGGUUGAGGACAUCCACCCCACGGUCCCUAAUCCAUAUAACCUACUGAGUGGACUGCCCCCUACUCACGUCUGGUAUACGGUUUUGGAUUUAAAGGACGCAUUUUUCUGCUUGCGAAUCCACCCCAGUAGCCAACUUAUUUUUGCCUUCGAAUGGAAGGAUCCAGAAUUGGGAGUAUCAGGACAAUUGACUUGGACUAGGCUACCCCAGGGAUUUAAAAACAGCCCUACACUGUUUGAUGAGGCGUUACACCGAGACCUAGCCGAUUUUAGAAUCCAACACCCAACCUUAAAAUUGCUCCAAUAGGUAGAUGAUCUUCUAUUGGCAGCCCAGACAGAGGAGGACUGUAAAUCAGGAACUGAAGCCCUCUUGCAGGCCCUAGGCACCCUAGGAUACAGGGCCUCCGCAAAGAAGGCGCAAAUUUGCCAAAAGCAAGUCACAUAUUUAGGAUAUCAGAUCAAGGAUGGGCAGAGGUGGCUGACAGAGUCUCGCAAACGAGCAAUUAUGGAUAUUUCCCCACCCCAGAGCCCAAAACAACUGCGGGAAUUUCUGGGUACAGCUGGAUUUUGUCGUCUAUGGAUCCCCGGCUUUGCGGAAAUGGCCGCCCCUCUGUACCCGCUGACAAAACCAGGGACGUUGUUUGCCUGGGGAGAGAUCCAACAAAAAGCCUUCAAAAACAUCAAGGAGGCCCUUUUACACUCCCCGGCUUUAGGAUUGCCAAAUCUAACCAAACCUUUUGAGCUAUUUGUAGAUGAAAAACAAGGGUACGCAAAAGGAGUCCUAACCCAAAAGCUGGGACCCUGGAGACGUCCUGUGGCCUAUCUCUCCAAAAAGCUGGAUCCGGUUGCUUCCGGUUGGCCCCCAUGCCUGCGGAUGGUAGCGGCCAUUGCAGUUCUGGUAAAAGACUCGGGUAAGCUCACCCUGGGACAGCCGCUUAUCAUUCUGGCCCCACAUGCAGUAGAGGCCCUGGUCAAACAACCACCAGACCGCUGGCUUUCUAACGCCCGCAUGACGCACUACCAAGCCAUGCUCCUGGAUAAAGACAGAAUACAGUUCGGGCCUGUGGUAACUUUAAAUCCAGCCACCUUGCUACCACAACCGGGGGAGGCGGAACCCCAUGACUGCUUGCAAAUUCUGGCCGAAGUACAUGGAACCCAACCCAACUUGACCGACCAGCCCCUCCGAGAUGCUGAUUUCACCUGGUACACAGAUGGGAGCAGCUUCUUGGACAACGGGGAGCGAAAGGCUGGAGCCGCUGUCACCACCGAGACUGAGGUAAUUUGGGCCAAGGAACUUCCGCCCGGAACGUCGGCUCAGCGUGCCGAACUGAUCGCCCUGACCCACGCACUUAGAAUGGCAAAGGACAAGAGACUCAAUGUCUACACUGAUAGUCGCUAUGCCUUUGCUACAGCUCAUGUGCAUGGAGAAAUCUAUCGCAGGCGGGGCUUACUGACCUCAGAGGGCAAGGAAAUCAAGAACAAGCCUGAAAUCUUGGCCCUACUCGAGGCCUUGUUCUUGCCCCAGAAACUGAGCAUUAUGCACUGUCCGGGACACCAAAAAGGACAGACCCCGGAAGCAAGGGGCAAACGACUAGCUGAUGAGACGGCCCGAAAGGCAGCGCUAACAGGGACCCUAAAAACCCCAGUCCUCCCGGUAGCGGCUAAACCUCAGACAAAAAGACUCAGUCCGCUCCCAUACAGUCCAGAGGACAUGGACGACCUAAAGAAAAUGGGGGCCACUUUUGACCCCGGAGAAGGGAUUUGGACAUAUGAUGAAAAAACAGUUUGGCCCAGAAAAUGGACUCAUCAGAUGAUAGACCGCCUCCAUAAACUAACCCACCUCAGCAACCGAAAAAUGAAGACCCUCCUUGACCGUGAAGAGGGACUGAAGUAUCUCCUGGGAAAAGAAGACAGCCUACAAUCGGUGACAGAUCAGUGCACAAUAUGCGCACGCGUCAACGCCGGAAAGACCAAAGUAGGACCAGGAGUGCGGGUGCGGGGACAGCGGCCAGGGACCCACUGGGAGAUCAACUUCACAGAAAUAAAACCUGGACAGUAUGGAUAUAAGUAUCUCCUAGUGUUCGUGGACACAUUUUCAGGAUGGGUAGAAGCUUUCCCUACCAAACAAGAAACCUCCAGAGUGGUAACAAAGACUGAUGGAAGAAAUUUUUCCCGGGUAUGGUAUGCCACAGGUGUUGGGGACUGA